GGGCAGUUACUGCUAGUUAUUUCUCAUCUAUAGUGCAAAAGAUAUCAUGAAUAUCAAUAGUGUAAAACAAUAGUAAAACAAGCUAUAUAAAAUAUACAUAACAUUCUUUCGAAUUGACAUAUUCUAUAAUUAAUAUCAUGGCGGAAAAAACAUACAUUGAUAUUAAUUCUGGCGAUGAAAUCGUUAUUUCCGGUAUCGCUGGAAGAUUUCCAGAUUCAAAUAAUAUGAAUCAGUUAGGAGAAAAUCUAUUCAACAAGGUUGAUCUUGUUAGAGCAGAUCAUCGUCGAUGGGACAUAGAGCAUCCGGAUUUACCAGAACGCAUGGGGACAGUUAACAAUGUAGAAAAAUUCGAUGCUGAUUUCUUCAACAUAUCUAUCGAGCAAGCCCACGCGCUCGAUCCUAUGGCAAGAUUAUUAUUGGAACAUGCUUAUGAAGCAAUUGUCGACGCGGGGAUCAAUCCAAUGCAAUUGCGAGGAAAAAAGACUGCCGUGAUCGUAGGGAUGACUCUUCUCGAGUCGCAGGAGAAAUUUAUGUAUGAGAAUCUUCAGAUAGACGGCUUGGGUAUCAUUGGAUGCAGCAAAUCUACAGUGGCAAAUAUCCUUUCGAACUGUUUGGACUUAAAAGGACCGUCCUACACAGUUGAUACAGCAUGCAGUUCUAGUCUUCAUGCCAUAGCUCUUGGUUAUCGCGAGAUCAUAUCGGGCCGAUUCGAGGACGCAAUAAUUGGGACCGCACAUUUAUGUUUACAUCCAGUUAUAAAUCUGAAUUUCUCUCAUCUUGGUAUUUUGUCAUCCGAUGGUACUUGUAGACCUUUUGAUACUGAUGGUAGCGGUUAUUCGCGUAGCGAAACCGUAUCGGUGAUAUAUCUUCAAAAGGCAAAAAAUGCUAAAAGAAUUUAUGCUACGUGUAAGCAUAUUAAAAUAAACAAUGACGGUUAUAAAGAAGAGGGAAUAACGUUCCCGUCGACGCAUAUGCAGAGCAUUUUGAUGACGGAGCUUUAUAAAGAAUGCGGAAUAUCGCCGCUUUUCUUGGAUUACAUGGAAGCACACGGUACUGGUACUAAAGUUGGUGAUCUUGAAGAAGUCAAUGCUAUACAUAAUGUUUUGUGUAAAGAUCCCACUGAUGAUCGGCUCCCAUUUGAAACUGGUUUUGUUCCACCAAACAUCAAUUAUACAUCACCACGAGAUGAUAUAGACGCCUUUGCAAAUGGAACCAUUCGCGUGCUUACAAAACCAUUAGCACUUAAGAAUGGUUACAUAAGCAUUAAUUCUUUCGGUUUCGGGGGAUGCAAUGCUCAUAUAUUAUUAAAAUGGAAUAUCAAACAGAAGGUUAACAAUAGUGCACCGAGCGACGAGUUGCCAAGACUUGUGGCAUUGUCUGGACGCACUAGAGAAUCAGUCGCUAAGCAUCCAACAGAUGCAGAAUAUAUCCGUUUACUGCACGAUAUCCACGCGGAUAAUAUAGAGGGUCAUUUAUGGAGAGGAUAUGUCAUACUGGACACUUCGCAGGAAAAUUUGGCUCGCAAUGGCCAAGGAUAG